UAUAUAUUUUUAGAAUGACGAGUACUUUUCCAUUCGAUUAUCUACAAGAAAUCUUUUUCCUUUCUGAGUAAACUUGAUAUUGAACCCGAGUGAAAAAUUGUUGCAAGCCGAUACGGCCCUGGGCCAUUCGAUACAUCGAAAUUUUGCUUGCUAUCUUAUACAUAUGUAGUUUUUCCUGUGUAAUCAUUCAAUAAUUGUAUGUUGAACUGUAACAUAAGGUUUCUGUGAAGACAGAUUGGAUUAAUGUUUGGAUAACGACGAGAGCUUUUGUAAUUCCGGGAGUGUAGAAAUAUACAAAAUUUCAAGGUCACCUGUCUCUCUCUAACCUCCAAUAGGUUGGGGCUGGAAUACACGUGAUUUUUUUCAAAUCGAAAGCUCCAAAGGCAUUCCAAGAACAGGCUGAUAAUCUAGAAAAAAAUAAUGGAAGGAACCAGAGAUGUUCAAUCCCCGUACACUUGCAUCACAUGUCGUGUAGCUUUCAGAGAUCUAGAUAUUCAACGUCAGCAUUACAAAUCCGAUUGGCACCGCUACAAUUUAAAACGCAAAGUGGCAGAGUUGCCUCCAGUUCCAGUUGAAGAAUUCCAAAAACGAGUAAUUGCUCAACGAGGUGAUGACGAUGCCUUAAAAAAUCCCGACGAAACUUUUAUCUGCAGGAGUUGUAGAAAAAUUUUUAAUACCAAGAAUCAAUAUGAAAAUCACAUCUUGUCGAAAAAGCACAGCAAGAAUGUCCAGAAAAUUUCAGAGGCAUCUACUGGAGAAGACUCCACGACUUCAUCAUUCGUCAUGGUCAAUCGGCAGAGUAAAAAAGAUUCAUCGAGAGAAACUUCUGAUGAAAUGGAUAUUGAAUUGGAUGUUGAAUCACUGGACUCUGACGAGUGGCUGGAGGACGUCGAAAAUCCAUUGAGGAACAACAACUGCCUCUUUUGCUAUCAUCACAGCAAAUCUGUAGUGAAGAACCUCAAGCAUAUGACAGAGGCUCACUCCUUUUUUAUCCCCGAUCCGGAGUACUGUGUGGACUUGAAGGGACUCCUGGAGUACCUCGGUCAGAAGGUCUUUGCUGGAUUCAUGUGUCUCUGGUGCGACGACAAGGGGAAGGUCUUUCACAGCGCUGACGCAGCUCGUGCCCACAUGGUGGACAAGGGCCACUGCAAAAUGCUGCACGAGGGCGAGGCUCUGGUCGAGUAUUCCGAUUUCUAUGAUUACUCUUCAUCAUAUCCAGACGCCGAGGAACACGAGGCUGACGCAGAGGUGGAGAUCCCCGAGUUGGAUGAUGGAGAUUAUCAGCUGGUGCUACCAUCAGGAAAUAUUAUUGGCCACAGAUCGCUCAUGAGGUACUACAAACAAAGUUUCGAUCCCAAUCGAGCUGUUGCUAUCCCCAAGAAUGAGAAGCUGAGGAGAGUCUUGUGUCACUAUCGAGCACUCGGAUGGACUGAAACCCAAAAGGAAGCAGUUGUCAGGAAAGCCAGAGAUAUCAGCUAUAUGCAGAGAGUCCAAGCGAAAUACUCUACAAAAAUGCAAUUUAAGGCCAAUAAAUUCCAGAGGUAUUUCCGGCAACAAGUCAACUUCUAAGAGGACAAAAGUAAAUAUUGUUUUCAAUUUAUUUUUAAAUAAAAUUACAACAGGCUUAAUAAA